AUUGAUUUCUUGUUGUCUCUCUCUCAAUAUAUAUGUAUAUGAUCAGUUCAUUGAUCCUUCCUCAAUUCCUUCAACUAAUUAGCCAAGGGAAUUAUCUCAAAGGCUUGCCUGCUUUUUAAUCUGAAGAAUUUUCGAUCUGUUUCUAUAUAUAUAUAUAUAUAUACAUAUACAUACACCAUUAAGCUAAGUAAGAAAAGCUUCAUCGAUGUCAAUCAUGGCGGGUGAUGAUGAAGAUGAAGAAGGCCUAUAUGAUUUCAUGGAUGGAGAAGAUUUCCAUGGCAGCACCGAUGAUUCAAACCUCGACGACUAUGAUUUGCUUAUGAAAGUGACGGAUACAUCGGCUUCGCAAGCAAGGGAAGGGAAAGACAUACAAGGCAUUCCUUGGGAUAAAUUAAAUAUCACGAGAGAAGCCUAUCGACGCAUGAGGCUUCAACAGUAUAAAAAUUACGAGGAUCUUAUGCCUUUGUCCGGCGAAGUCCAACCCGUCGAUAAUGAGGGAUCCACUCUAGCAAACAACGAUGAAGAGUACUUUGAUUUCUUCCGAAACUCAAGAUCGGUGAAGCCGACAAUCCUUCACUUUAAGCUAAGAAACCUAGUGUGGGCUACAUCGAAGCACGACGUGUAUCUUAUUUCAAACAACUCGGUUAUGCACUGGUCGUCGUCGUUCCAGAGCUUGACCCGAGUCAUUAACUUUUCCGAGCACGUUGAUGUUGAUGUCGCGCCAUCGGAGAGUCAUCCAGGAGUGAGCACAAUAGCUGUAAAAGAUCGAUUCUUGCUGGCCGGAGGCUUCCAUGGACAACUUAUCUGCAAGCGUCUCGACGAAGCGGGGAUAAGCUUUUGCACGAGGGCCACACAGCGAGAUGAGAAUGCCAUUACGAAUGCCAUUGAAAUAUUCGACAACAGCUCCUCUUCCAGCGGGCUGUGUUUCGUGACCUGCAAUAACGACUGCAGUGUAAGAGAGUACGACCUGGAGAGGUUUCAGCUCCUUAACCACUUCGACUUCCCUUGGCCCGUCAAUCAUGCAAUGAUGAGCCCUAACCGCAAACUUUUGACUGUUGUGGGAGAUGAUCCUAAUGGGUUGCUCAUUGAUGCUCGGAAUGGGAAGACAAUCGCUUCAGUUUCCGGUCAUCUCGACUACUCGUUCACAUCUGCGUGGCACCCAGAGGGCAUGAUGUUUGCCACCGGAAAUCAGGACAAAACCUGCAGAGUUUGGGACUUGAGAAACCUGUCAGCAUCAAUAACAAUCUUGAAGGGACACAUAGGUGCAAUCAGAAAGAUAUGUUUCUCAGCAGAUGGGGAGUUCCUGGUGGCGGCUGAACCUGCGGACUUUGUGCACAUAUACACUGUUAAAGGAAACUACAAGCAAAAGCAAGAGAUAGAUUUCUUUGGGGAGAUCACCGGGGUAUCCCUGAGUCCCAAUGACGAGUCCAUGUAUGUUGGAAUAUGGGACCGGACGUACGCCAGCUUGCUGCAGUACAACAGAAAGCAUGCAUACAAAUAUCUUGAUUCUGUAAUGUGAUACCAUACCAUGUUACCUAAUUUGGUUAGUCGACAAGAAGUGAAAAGAAUCCUCUUGUCUGCUCGAUAUCUUCUUAGACACAAGAUAAAUUCCAUAGGUAGAAAGAAAGCCUUGAAUGGUGGGAAAUAUGUUUCUGUUUUGACCCCCACAAAAAAUCAAAUAAAAGCUAUGGGUGCUUGUGCAUGUAUGUGUUCAACGAUAUCAAAUCUUUCGAUAUAUUGUGCAUGUCAUUGUUUUGCAUCUGCAUGG